GUUUUCAUUUCGAUUUUUUUUAAAUUGGGUUUGUAAGUGUGGGGCUUCCCCCGCGGCGCCCUCCUCCAGUCGCAAUGGUUCGUCAAUUAACCAUUAGACGCGCUGGGAUCGGUUCGUGGGUACCGUUGGUGUGGAGUGGUUUAGUGGUUCCGAAUGCCGUGCGUACGCACCUUCCUUAAAACCGUGCUCAAGCUCGAAACCAGUAAAAAAAUCGAAUAAGUGUCAGGAGAGUGGCAUUGCUGAGAAAUUUAAAUGAUUGUGUGGUGUUUGGGCAGUGUGGUGAACUUCCAGCUCGAAUAAUGCCUUUCGAGCCACGUAUUAACCUUACUACCUGCUACACAGUGCCUGUUAAAACCUGAAGUUCUGAACAUAAUGAAACCGCAGGUGGACAUAAAAAACUCCCAAAUCAAGUAGCAGCACAAAAUGAAAGAAAUAUGUUCACAAGUGAGCGCAACCCUCGCUUGGAGUGGCGAGUUGAAUCAGUGAAUCCCCCAAUGGUUCAACAUCGAAAUGUUGAAGCACAUGUUGACCACGAACGGGGGUGUCGCAAACCGCGUCUCCCGUCCAGAUAGCUCGAUGGUGAUGGAGCCCCGGAUCGACCAGGGGGCGCACCGGUACCGCUCUCCAAACGCGAACAGUUCCCGCAUUUCGCAGCAGUACCCCUUGAACGUCUCCCAGCUCCACUCCCCCAACAAUCUGGACGCCUCCAAGCACUCCAUUUACUCCAAUACGGUCCUCUCCCAAAACAAGACGCUCAAUGGGGGACUCAACAUCUCCCGCGUGCGCAACCAGAGCACCGUUAAUAAAUUUAUGGCAAAGUCGAAACAAGUCGGCGUUAAGGAGAUGCUCGUCAGUUUGGGACUUUUGUGUCUAGUGAGUCUACUUCUAGCGUUGUUGUCGCUCAUUUUUCUACUGAAAAUAUCACCAGUGACCGCCAGUGACAUCAGAGAGUUGCUAAGAGCUGAACAAUUAACGGUGAUUACGGCCGAGGAGUACGUUGUGGUGUAUGAAGUGACGUUAGCCUUAUGUGCACUGACUUUAUCACUCAAUUUAUGUUGUUUGCUGGUGUGCGCCAUCCAGUUUUUGUUCGCCGUUAAACUAGUUAAAAGCCCACACGGCGGAAACGAUAGAACCAACAAAUAUCUCCAGAAGUCAUCUGUAAGCCGCGUUUGUGCGGUUGGCGGUUUUUUCAUCUCAAUCCCCGUAUUUCUAACUGGCAUCAUCCUGUACACUUUCAUCCAAUUCCACUCAACCCCCGCCAUCGUAACCAGCGUAUUCAUCGGGCUUGGGAUCAUCUUCUGUGGUUGUGCGAUGGUUCACAACGUGUUUAUUUGGCAGCGGGAGAAAACCAACGCUGUUAAAGAACUAGCGUUGGCCCAACACGAGCAAUCCUACCACACAACCACGCAACUAAACCAUUCGCAUGUCAGUCAUGUGAACCACAGCUUUGGCCACCCUGUGGCGGUGGCGCCAUCUACACAUACCAGUCCGUAUGUGGUCAGACCGGCGACUACAACGCCGCCAACGGCCGAAAACCUGAACUUGACCAAGUUGUCGCACCCUCGCGAGGCCAGCGGGAGCGUCAGCCCAGGGAUGCCAACAGCGACUUUGGAACUCAGCAGUGUUGCCACCACAAACUCGCCGCAUGAGUUGUCAACUCUAGUUUAAAAACCAGUCAUUGUUACUAUGUGAAGUUUUGCUGUAGGCACACGGCGUGUGCCUAGAGCCAAACUUGCCCUAUUAUUUAUCAGAAGUUUUAUUAUUGUAUAUAGAGGGCUAGAGGGUAUUUAAAGAUUGUAUAUACCGCUUGUUUCACAACGAUUUUUGUGUACAUUUGUGAAAUUUCAAAGAGUUUUAGUACAAAACAGUCUCACUGCCUACUUCAGGUUUGAUAUUAUGCCGUCUGUUACUGGAAUCUAGAUUAAUAUAUUUUAUACUGAUUUUAUAUCUAACAAAUUGCCUUUAUAUGAAUAAACGUUUGAAAAACA